ACAACUCUGGCAUGCUUCUUGUCUGUUUUGAGAAUAUAUUGAAGAAGGAUCCAACAUGUAGUGAUGCCUUAGCCAAACUAAUCAAGAUGCACCAAAAUGGAGAGUAUAGUCUUGAGUCUAUGCUGGAAAUGAUUGCUUUACAUUUAGAUGCUACAGAUUCAGAACACAAUACGUGGAAGGUGUUAUCUUCAUGUUUCUUAACACUGUAUUCCUACGAAGAAGACUGUAUGUCUUCAUGCCCCAUGCAAACUAAAAAUGGACACAAGCAACUUCGUUCCUUUGACAAAACCCCUAAAAUAUUUACGGAUGGUACAUCGGGAAAAUCUUGGUAUCUUCGCUGUAGGUGGUGGAUAACAAGACAUUUCAGCAAUAGCAAGCUAGAAUCAGAGAUUGAAUCAGGUGAUUUGCAGUUACUCACAUGCAAAGCAGCAUGUGCAUCGUACAUGUAUGGACGCGAGUUCAGCUAUGUUGAGAAGGCUUAUUCUCAUUUAGAGAAAGAAAAUGAUAAAGAGUUGUUGUCUUUCUUGGAUAAGCACAGGGGAAAUUCAUUAGGAAUUUAUAAAAAAUUUCGAAAGAAAUUAAACAUAUAAUAUAGUAAUUUAAUUAUAUUUGCUUCCUUGAUAUCA